AUGGAAGUCCGAUCAGCCCUCUUGCCCAGCAUGACUGACAUAGAGAAAAGUGUCAAACAGCUGGUCACCGAGGCCAAUCUGAGGCUAUUUUGCCUUCUGGCACCUCACCAGGAUGUGAGGGAAUCUACCGCGGUGAGUGCCAUCGGCACUGAAGUCCCCAAGCAACAACAAGAUGUGUCACAACCUCCACCGAGGAGGGCAAUAGGGGUGACCAUCAAUGAACCAACCGACGGACCGCGACCUGCUGCUGCACCGACCCCUCCAGGGAAGGGCGAGAAGAAGGCCUCAGAGCCUAUUCUUGAGUCGUCGGAUGAAAGUGACAUGCCUGCCGAGCAUGCUUUUGACUUAUAUGCCAAAUCAGUGAGCAAGAGAAAGUCCCAUAAGCGCCAGUCUGGGGAGGGCUGCAGCAAUCCCCCCGCGAAGAAAUCUCGAACAGAUGACCCUCCCGCGUCUACUCCCACAAAGGAGACAACUCCUCCACCAGCUCUUGCUAGAGAGGCAACUCCUCCACCUCCAGUAAACCCUGAUCCCCCAUCUUCGGUCAGACAGACUCCUCCUUCAUCUCCAGCCGACCUUAAACCUCCAAUGUCCAUCAUCCAGCAAUCGGCUGGACGCCGAGAAGAAGCCUCAGGAGAUGACCUUACGUGCGUGGUGCUCGAUUCAGCCAAAGAUAAGCUAUCCAUAAUAACAAAGCACUGUCACAGCCGAGAGGCGAUUCAGGAGACUGGCUCUAUGGCGGUUGACCAAGUGUUCCACCGCGCACUGAACGAAGUGCUUGCUCUUAGUGCUGCUAAGGCUCGAUAUACCAAGCAACUCAAGGUGACUAAAGUUACUCAUGCCGAGCAGCUGAAGGUAAUUGAGGUGAAGCAUUCUGGAGCUCUUAAGGAAGUCGAGGAGAAGCAUACCAAGGCCCUUAAGGAAGCUGAGGCAAAGCACCUCGAGGUGCUGCAAGUGACUGAGGCCAAAAUUGCUUCUCUUGAAGAAGAGCUGAAAAAGAAGGAGGCGAGUAUUUCCAAGGUCACAACAUCUAAGGAGCAGUACAAGGAGACUUCACUCAUAAAUUACCGGGAAGCCCACAAGCUUCAGGCUGAGCUGGAGAUAAGCCGCAAAGAAUUCAUUGCACUGGAGGAAGAGAAUGCCCGCAAUCUUGAAGACUACGAAGGGGCGGCGUUCGAGUGUUUUUACUUAUUCUAG